UCCACAUUGCGCAGCCCCCGCGCGUUGCCAUCACUGUCUAUUUGCUCCGUGCAGGAGGUUGUGGAGUUCCUCUGGUCGCUGAACCCAGGCAGUUCUAUUGAUGCUCUGUAGCCGAGACAAUGGUCAGCGCUGAGAGGGAGCGUGAAUGAAAUUGGACUUGACAAGCAAUCUGCAGGCGGACGCGAGGGCAGAGACAGAGAGAGGCGAGAGAGACAGAGAGGGAGAGAGACAGAGAGGGAGAGAGACAGAGAGGCAGCGAGCGAGCUAGCGCCACGCCGGGAUCUGUCCACGCCGCCGGGAUCUGUCCACACCACCAGCCUCUCUCUCCGUGUCCUCUCCCCGUGCUUGUGUGUGAAGCUUUUGUGUGAAGCGGCGGCUGUGGGACAGCGAGCGACUGAGUGAACGAUGGAGGAGACCAUGGACGAAGGACAGAGCCAGAGAGGAUGCUUCGAGUGUUGCAUCAAGUGUUUGGGUGGCAUUCCCUACGCCUCGCUCAUCGCUACUAUCCUCCUCUACGCGGGCGUGGCCCUCUUCUGUGGCUGUGGCCAUGAAGCUCUCUCCGGGACCGUCACCAUCCUGCAGAACAACUUUGAGUUGGUUCGAGGUGCCGGCGACACCAUCGAUGUCUUCACCAUGAUUGACAUCUUCAAGUACGUCAUUUACGGAAUAGCAGCGGCCUUCUUUGUCUACGGAAUCCUCCUGAUGGUGGAGGGGUUCUUUACAACUGGGGCCAUCAAGGACCUGUAUGGAGACUUCAAGAUCACCACCUGUGGGCGCUGUGUCAGUGGCUGGUUCAUCAUGUUGACGUACAUCUUCAUGUUGGCGUGGUUGGGAGUGACGGCCUUCACCUCACUGCCCGUCUUCAUGUACUUCAACGUCUGGGCGCUCUGUCAAAACAUCACCCUGGUCGACUCCACUGACCUCUGCCUUGACCUCCGUCAGUUCGGUAUCGUCCCCAUUCACGAGCAGAAGACGGUGUGCGCCUUGAACGACAGCUUCAGCAAACUCUGCCAGUCCACUGAUCUGAACAUGACGUUCCAUCUGUUCAUCGUGGCCCUAGCUGGGGCGGGAGCUGCCGUCAUUGCUAUGGUCCACUACCUGAUGGUACUUUCAGCCAACUGGGCAUAUGUGAAGGACGCGUGCCGGAUGCAGAAGUACGAGGACAUCAAGUCCAAGGAGGAGCAAGAGCUUCACGACAUCCACUCCACCCGCUCCAAGGAGCGGCUAAACGCCUACACAUAGACCGCCCGCAUGCCCGCACCCACUGACCACUGUGUGUCCCAGCCCCACUGCCCACCACUGCCCUUCCUUACCCACCUCCUACCAGCCCAUUACCCCUCCUUACCCACCCCCCCACUGACCAUUGCCUCUGUGUGUCCCAGCCCCACUGACCAUUGCUCUCUCACCCUCUCUCACACCCC